AUGGAACCAGCUGAAAAAACAAUCAAAUCAGAUCCAGAUGUCUUGAAAAUGGAAAACAAAUUUGAAGUGAAAAUUGAAGUUCAAGAAACUGUAUCAAAUAAGGAACAUCCAUGGGCAUCUUAUUACGAAAACUCAAAACUGGAUGAUACAGAAGUCCCGGCUGAAAUCCAAGUUCUUAAUAGUGUGACUUUGGUUCAAAUUGAAAAUUUUCGAGCAGCUUCAUUGACAUGGAUCAACGAUGAGAGAACCAACAACACUGCAGAACUGGAAGCAUCAUCAAAAAAUACCUCAACCGAUUUACCAACAGAGCCAUUUGCUCUAUAUAUGGUUGUUGGCCAUUUGGGAAAUACAUUGGCACUCACUCCGGUUUUUAUAGAAACCGCUGCUCAUGAUCGAGCAGAUUUGAAAAUAGUCAGGUUCAAUAGGAUCGCACAUGAUCAACUGAACUCAGGCAAAGUUAACCACCAAACAUUUCUAUUAGGAGAUAUUAUCAUCGUUACAAAACUUCAGCGUCUUAAUAAAGUCGAACCAUCUGAUUUUGGUAACUUCACAUUUGAAACUAUGACAACACCGGCAUCAAAAGCAUUCUGGGAAGUGAGCCAAUUUAUUCGAUUUCCGAACAAUAUAAGGACUAAAGUUCUCGUUAGCCCAUUCCGAUAUACAACUUCAGGAGGAGGAAAAUUCCAUUGUAUCGGAAAUAGAAUAAAAAAUAUCAUGGACUUGAAACCAGUGAAAGCACCAAAAGGAACUAAAAUUGAAUCAGUUCUGGAAGCUACAAUCAAUACACCAUGGCUUCAAUCAGAAAGAUAUUUGUCAAGUCUCAAAGAAGGUGCAGAAAAACUGCUUGUAAUUUCACAAACUCCUCGUUUGGUAUCAACAAUAACAUUUUCUUCGGCUAUUUUACAUGCUGAACAUGCUUCGGAAGAAGUUAUUCGGUCGUUUCGAUCGCACUAUGAACAUGUAGAAAGUUCAACGUGUAGUAUGGAAAACAAAAGACGCGUUUCAUUCGAACCCAAUACUCUGAAAAAAAUUGACUUCUUUCAGAUAGAAAGUCGAAGAUAUUCAACUAAAAUUGAUAAAUGCUGGAUCGCAGACGUCAAAGAUGGAUUACAGACGUUUAUUGAGUUUGGAAUUGGUGCAGCAACUGGUCCAGCGCGAAUAACAGAAUGGAAUUGUAAUCCAGAAAUAAGUAUUGCUUACAACCAUAGCAAGAUAAUCAGAGCUGAUGUAAAAAAUGUACGUGUCGAGGACAAACUGCUGAUAGUCAAAGCGGAAAUAAAUUCACUAUUCAGUCAAGAUUUUAUCAGCCACUUCGAAGAGCAAGGCGAAGUCAUAGCGGACGUGCAUCAACUUCCAAAAAUAAGCCAGAACUACACACACGACAAAAAAAGGAGACACAUUCAUCGUGAAACAAGGUGAGAUUACUAUUCUUGAAAAUAAAAAUAUUUUAUGCGUUUUACAGCAAAUUUCCGUAUCACCAACAAUCCAAGGCGGCUAAACGACAAAUUUAUUGA